UGGUAUCGAAAAAGAUUGGAAAAUCAUCAAUGUGCGUGAUCUUCAAUAUUCUAUAUUGCUAAUCUUGAGACAAGUUUACGCUUAUCAUCUCAUCCAAGACAAGGUUCGACUUGAGAAAAGUAAACGCCGUAUUACCUGUCGGGACGAUAAAAAUAAACCCGAAGGCCUAUGUCUCAACCCAGUUUUCAGACGCAGCCGGACAUCGAUGUCUUGGGUAACAAUUUCGGGAAUACAACUAUUCAAAUGUAACCAGAUAUCAUGAUGAUUCUGCCCUCGCUUCUGCGAUACAUGCCUAGGUCAUGUGCUGCAAACUACUGCACAUGUUUGACAACAAUCUUUGCGACUCUGAUGUGGGUUUACUGGCCUGAAGAUGUGAAAUUUAGUAAACAACACAAAAUUAUACCAAAAAUUUUCGACUUUAUCGUGGUAGGAGGUGGCUCGGCUGGAUGUGUUUUAGGAUACAGACAUUUUGAAAUUGAGGAGUGGGAUGUAUUGCUUCUCGAAGCGGGAGGGGAAGAACCACUUACUCCUGAUAUUCCUAGGUUUUCAACCAACUUCAAAAAACACCCAUCGACUGGAAUUACACAAGUCAACCAGAAAAAGAAUCGUGCUUGAUGAACAAAGGAUGCAGCUUGCCUUGUGGAAAAGUAUAAUUUUAUCUGCAUACUAUUUUGUUUGAUGUUGUUCACACCUAAUUCUUCACAAUUCGAAAAUACUACAGAUUUUACAGAA